AUGGUCACUCCUUUGGACAAUUUGUUACACUGUUUCUUCCACUGCCUGCACCUCAUUGGUCCACCACCGCACAUCCUCAUUGGCUGUGGGCCCAGGGCCACACUGCGAUUGGUCCGCGCGCCUGUGCUGAGGUCUCGGGCCCAGGGGAGCGAGGGUCCCCACUGUGUUUGGCACGUGAGGCCGGUGACCCACUGCCACCACUGUCAUGGCUUCCCGCUGCCCGGGUGCCCAGGUGUUCAUCUCCCUGCGAGGAUGCGAGGCCAAGCCAAGCCUAGCACCUUGCAGCUUCUCAUGGAGACUGCAGGAGGAGGCAGCAACCCCGGCGGCAGCGGCGGCGGCGGGGUGAUGCCCCGGCCCCUCCAGAAACUGGAGCAGCGGGUGGCCCGCAGACGCCUGUCCCAGGCCCGCCACCGAGCAACCCUGGCGGGGCUCUUCGGCAACCUCAGGAAGGCCGUCUACUCCCACUCUGAUCUCACAGCCUCAAAGUGGCAAGUUUUGAAUAAGGCGAAGAAUCAUAUUCAGGAACUGGAACAAACUUUGGAUGAGCUACUGAAGCUGAAAGAGUCUUUCAACCUGGAGGAUGGGAAUGCAAACAGCUUAGAGGAGGCCAAGAAAGAAUAUGCCAGCAUGUACUCCAGAAAGCCCAGUCUGGUGUCAAAUAAAGUUAACUGGAAAGGCUCAGACACUUGGUGCUCCAUCGAGGCAGCUGGGAAGGAUGUUGAGGAGGAAGAAGAGGAAGAAGAGGAGGAGGAGGAGGACCAAGAAGAGGAGGAAGAGUAUGAGGAGGUGGAGGAGGAAGAGGAGAAAAAAGUGGAGCUCUUAAACUCCUCCGUCACCUUGCUGCCAGAUCUCUUGGAAUUUGAACGGUACCUCAACUUUUACAAGCAGACGAUGGACUUUCUGAUCAGGAACAAGAUCAUCUCCUCCAAGGAGGUGACGCUCCCCAUCGUGUCCGCGGCCAUCUCCCAUCUUUGGCAGAUCCUCUCGGAGGAGAUGAAGACCAUCCUCUUGCAGGCCUGGGAGCAGACACAGAGCGGCCUCGUGGGGUCCUAUCCAGAGCCGGCCUGUGCCGAGGACAGCAUGAAGGACAGCGGGGUUGACAGCCAGGGAGCCAGCUGCUCGCUCGUCUCCACCCCUGAGGAGAUCCUUUUUGAAGAUGCCUUUGACGUGGCAAGUUUCCUGGACAAAAGUGAAGCUCCGGGCACAUCUAGCCCCAGCUCCACGUUGGCCGUCUGCAACCCAAAAAAUCCUGAGGAGAUGUUUCAGCUCUACGUGCAGAUCAUCGAUUUUUUCAAAGGCCUUUGCUGUGUUAACACUCAGGUCAAGCAGGAGCCAGACCUUCCUGUCGAUGACGAGAUGAUAAUGUUGAGGUGUACGGAGACGUUUGACGAUGAAGAUCUGUGAUGCAGGAGGGCUGGAAGCAGGAGGGGAUGGAGGAAGCUGGUGGUCUCUGGUUUUGAGUUCUGGCAGCCCAAGUUGCCCUUGACUUGGCGUUUUGGAGUGGGCUGUCCUGAAAGCAUUUUGAUGGUUGUAGUUUCUGGUUGUUAUAAAGUAUUCAAGAACAGUGUGCGUGUGUCGGUCUUUCGGAGUUGUUUUGAAUGAGGUGCUGGCCCGCUGCAGGGCACACACUGGCUCCCGCUGUGCUCCUCUUCAGGGGAGCACCCGAGGACCAGGCCAGCCAGGAGUCUUUCAAGAACAGGACGGCCAGGAUCUGUCCCAUGACAUUGGGUACUUGCAGCACACUCAGGGCAUUGUGUUGAUGGGUUCUAGAGAGCUCUGGCAUCCACCCCACAUCCUGCAAGCUCUAAGAGCCCAGGAGCAGUGCUGACCUCAAUCUUGUGCUCCAGGACACCAAGGCAGAAUCACCUAUAUCUGCUUCUUCUGACAAUAAAGACUCCUGAAUGGAGUCCACACCAGGUCCCACAGUGCUCGGAAUGCUUUUUGGUGAGGCUGCUGGGCAGAGUGCAUCAGGGCACCUGAGCCUGUGUACGGGGGGUGAUGGUGGUUAUUAUUACAUGUCAGCUUGGCAAGGCCAUGGUACCCAGGUACUUGGUCAAACAUUUUUCUAGAUAUUUAUAUGAAGGUUUUGGUUUUUUUUAAGAAGAGAUUAACAUUUAAAUCAGCAGACUUUGAGUAAAGCAGAUUACCCUCCAUAGUGUGGGUGGGCCUCAUCAAAUAAGUUGAAGGACCAAACAGACCACGCUUGCGACCCCAUGGCUCUGAAUUCUCCAGGCCAGAAUAUUGGAAUGGGUUGCCUUUCCCUUGGAUCAUCCCAACCCAGGGAUGAAACCCAGGUCUCCCACAUUGCAGGCAGAUUCUUUACCAGCUAAGCCACAAGGGAAGCCCAAGAAUACUAGAGUGGGUAGUCUAUCCCUUCUCCAGGGGAUCUUCCCAACCCAGGAAUUGAACCAGGGUCCCCUGCAUUGCAGGCAGAUUCUUUACCAACUGAGGUAUCAGAGAAGCCCUAAUCUCCCUCAGGAAGAGGGAAUUCUUCAGGGACUGCCUUCAGAUUCCAGCUGCAACUCAUCCCAGCCUGAUGGCCCGCCCUGCAGACUUCAGACUUGCCAGCCUCCACAAUCACCUGAGCCCAAUCCUGAAAUCAAUCUCUCCAUCUGCCUUGCCCGUGUGUGUGUGUGUGUGUGUACACAUAUAUAUGUCUCUCUGUAGACAUGUAUGUAUAUAUGUGUAUAUAUAUGUAUGUACACACACACCCUGUU